GGAGCCCUCGCGGGACCAUGUACUCGGCCCCCCGGCCACUACCCGCGCCCGGCGCCGCCGCCCCCCGCGGCCUCGGCAUGUUCGUGUGGACAAAUGUGGAGCCACGAUCAGUGGCUGUCUUUCCCUGGCAUUCGCUUGUCCCAUUCCUGGCACCCAGCCAGCCUGACCCUUCUGUUCAGCCCAGUGAGGCCCAGCAGCCGGCCAGCCACCCCGUUUCCUCUAGUCAGAGCAAAGAGCCUGCAGAGUCAGCAGCAAUAGCCCAUGAGCAGCCUCCCAGUGGGGCAGUAGGGCCAGAAUCUGGACGGCCACCUGGGGUCACCUGCCCUGAGAGCCCAGCCCCUGGCCCUCCUCAGGCCCCUGGGGUCUCUGAAGGUAGCAAGAUUCCACCUCAGCAUUCUGAGGAGGAAGGUCCUGGGCCUACUGGGGAGAGCCGGCUGGACAGCGAGACAGAGAGUGACCACGAUGAUGCGUUCCUCUCCAUCAUGUCCCCGGAGAUCCAGUUGCCACUCCCACCAGGAAAGCGCCGGACACAGUCCCUCAGCGCCUUGCCCAAGGAAAGAGACUCCUCUUCUGAGAAGGACGGGCGAAGUCCCAACAAGCGGGAGAAAGACCAUAUCCGACGGCCCAUGAAUGCCUUCAUGAUAUUCAGUAAGCGGCACCGGGCCCUGGUGCACCAGCGCCAUCCAAACCAGGACAACCGGACUGUCAGCAAGAUCCUGGGCGAGUGGUGGUAUGCGUUGGGGCCCAAGGAGAAGCAGAAGUACCACGAUCUGGCUUUUCAGGUGAAGGAGGCCCACUUCAAGGCCCACCCGGACUGGAAAUGGUGCAACAAGGAUCGCAAGAAGUCGAGCUCCGACGCCAAGCCGGUGGCCCUUGGACUGACGGGAGGGCCCAAGGAGAUGCGGGAGCGCAGUAUGUCAGAGACUGGCACAGCAGCCGCCCCUGGAGUCUCCUCGGAGUUACUGUCUGCAGCGGCCCAAACCCUGCUGGGCCCAGAGGCCAAGGCCCCCACGUCUGGCCCUGGGGCGGUGGAACGACUGCACCCUGCCGGGCCUGGCCCCAGCAGGCCACGGGCUUUCUCCCACAGCGGUGUGCAUGGCUUGGAUGGGGGGGAGCCGGACAGCCAGGCGCUGCAGGAGCUCACCCAGAUGGUGUCGGGGCCGGCCCCCUACUCGGGGCCCAAGCCUCCGCCUCAAUAUGGGGGCCCGGGACCCUUUGCCACUCCUGGCGAGGGCGGGACCCUGGCGGGCGGGAGGCCCCCCAUGCUGCCGGCGAGGCCGUCCCGCUCUCAGCGCACGGCCAGCGAAGACAUGACCAGUGAUGAGGAGAGGAUGGUCAUCUGUGAGGAGGAGGGAGAUGACGACGUCAUAGCGGACGAUGGUUUUGGCGCUGCCGACAUUGACCUCAAGUGUAAGGAGCGAGUGACGGACAGUGACAGCGAGGACAGCUCCGGGGAUGACCCUGAGGGCACCAAGGGCUUCGGCAGGAAAUUGUUCUCCCCCGUGAUCCACUCGUCCUUGUCUACGGCCUUCACUCACUGCCGCCCCCCCCUGGAGUCUGAGCCCCCCGGAGCCCCCGACCCAUCUUCAGCUUUUCCCAAGGGCUACGGCCCCGCCCCUUCCUCCUCCUCCUCCUCCUUCCAGUUGGCCCCCGGGACCUUCAAGGCCCAAGAGCCCAGUCGAGGUGCUGGGGGGGGGCCUCUUCGUCCCCAACACCCAGCCGGGGGAGGCCCGCCGCCCUCCAAAGCCCGAUUUCCUCCCGUGGACCCAAAUGCCUAUCGGCGCAAGCGGCCAGAGAGCACGGGAGGGCCUGACCCCUCUGUGCCCCAGUCCUUCCCUGGCCCCUCAGUCAUUGCCUCUCCCCCUGGGGGCGGCGUCCUGCAGGCAUUAGUGCUGCCCCCUGGGGGCGGCCUGUACCCAGCCAAGGAGCCCCCGGAGCGGGACGGGAGUGCCCGGCUGCCCUCGGCCACAGUGCUGGUGACGGCCCCGGCCUCCCUGGGGGGUGGGGGGCUCGCCUAUGGGACCCCGCCAGCCCCGCCGCGCCCCGCUCCGACCAUGGUCACUAACGUGGUGCGGCCGGUCAGCAGCACACCUGUACCCAUCGCUUCCAAACCCUUCCCUGGGGUUGGGCGAGGCGAGGGGUCCCCAGCAGAAGGAGGUGCCAAAGGGGAGGCAGGGCCCCGGGCCCCGGGAGGCUCCCCGCUCGGUAUCGGUCUGGUUUAUGCUGACAAAAAGCAGGCAGCCCCCACGGCCUCGCACCUGGUGGCGGGGCCUCUUCUGGGGGUGGGCAAGGCCCCUGCUGCCGUGACCAAUCUUCUCGUGGGGGCCCCGGGCUACGGCACCUCAGCCCCCCCAGCCGUGCAGUUCAUUGCUCAGGGCCCUGCUGGUGGAGGUGGGCCAACAGCUGCGACCGGACCCCCUGCUGGCAGCGGCCCCAACGGCCCUGUGCCCCUGGGCAUCCUGCAGCCCGCCCCUCUGGGCAAGCCUGGGGGCAUCACCCAGGUGCAGUACAUUCUGCCCACCCUCCCGCAGCAACUGCAGGUGGCCCCCGCCCCGGCGGCAACCGGCCCCAAAGCUGCAGCCGUUGGGGGGUCGGGCCCCACCGCCAGUAUCCGCUUUGCCCUGCCGCCGGGAACCACCACCAAUGGGAAGGUCCUGGCACCAGCUACCCCGACCCCCGGGAUCCCCAUCCUGCAGCCCGUCCCCUCUGCUGCACCCCCCAAAGCCCAGUCGGUGUCUCCGGUGCAGGCCCAGCCCUCUGCAGGCCCUGCCCAGCUGCUGCCUGGGAAGGUCCUGGUGCCCCUGGCAGCGCCUAGCGUGGCAGUGCGAGGUGGAGGGGCUGGCCAGCCUCUGCCCUUGGUGAGCCCACCCUUCUCCGUUCCAGUGCAGAACGGAGCCCAGCCAUCCAGCAAAAUCAUCCAGCUCACCCCGGUGCCAGUGACCACCCCUGGCAGCCUGGUACCCCCUCUCAGCCCGGCCGCCCUGCCCAGCCCCGCAUCGCAGUCUCAGAAGGUCAUCCUGCCCUCUUCCACCAGAAUCACCUAUGUACAGUCGGCCUCUGGGCACGGCCUUCCCCUGGGCCCCAGCCCCUCCUCCAGCCAGAGUGCGGCUCCCGGCACCCCGGGCCCUUAUGGGCCGGCCAGCUCCGUGGCUCUGGGCUUCACCACCAUCGGGCCCAGCGGGCCAGCCAUCGUCCAGCCCCUGAUCUCGGGCCAAGCCCCCCUGCUGGCCCCAGGCCAGGUUGGCGUGUCCCCCGUCCCCAGCCCCCAGCUGCCGCCGGCCUGUGCUGGGGGUCCCGUCAUCACAGCCUUCUACCCUGGCGGGCCAGGGGGCCCCUCGGCUAUGCCCCUUCCUCAGCCGGCUCCCCCAACCCCUGCCCCCCCCGGCCUCGUCUAUACUGUGGCCGCCAGCGCUGCCCCGCCUGCUGCCAUCCUGCCCAAGGGCGGGGCACCCGGCCCUCCAGCCCCUGCUGCCUCUCAGACCCCGACCAGUCCUUUCCCCAGUGCUACAGGCUCCGUGGCCUACAGCCUGGUGACCCCAAAGGCCCAGCGGCCACCACCCAAACCCCCGCAGAAGGUGAAGGCAGCCAUCGCCAGCAUCCCCGUGGGCUCCUAUGAGUCUGGGGUCCCUGCCAGGCCAGGCCCUGGCCCCCGGCAGGCUGUGGAGCAGGGCCCCGCCAGGGAGGUGACCCCGGAGGCUGAGGCCGAAGGCCGGCCAGCCACCCCUGUGCCCCCGCCGGAAAACUGGGCUCCGGCUGGCCGAGAGGUUGCCCGGGCCAGCCCCCCCGCAGCCCCUCAGGCAGAGGACAGGCCGGGCGUCAAGGCACCCGAGACGGCCGGCAAGAUCCCCGGCUCCCCGGAUUGGCGGAUUCCAGCUCUGGCGUCAGAGGGCCGAGGGGAGCCCCCUGCCCCACCCAGCCCAGCCCCUGCACCGGGGGGCAGUGAAGGUGGGGGCGGGCGGCCACCGGGGGCCGGUGACACCCCAGAACGCAAGGACGUGCCUGGCAAGAAGGUGAAGGUCCGGCCCCCUCCCCUGAAGAAAACUUUUGACUCCGUGGACAAGGUCCUCUCUGAGGUGGACUUUGAGGAACGAUUCGCAGAGCUGCCCGAGUUCCGGCCCGAGGAGGUGCUGCCCUCGCCCACCCUGCAGUCGCUGGCCACCUCCCCCCGGGCCAUCCUGGGCUCCUACCGCAAGAAGAGGAAGAACUCGACUGACCUGGACUCGGCCCCAGAGGACCCCACCUCCCCCAAGCGCAAGAUGAGGCGUCGCUCCAGCUGCAGCUCCGAGCCCAACACUCCCAAGAGUGCCAAGUGCGAGGGCGAC